AUGCCACAAACUGAUUUAGCCGAAGAUGCUGUGCAUAUUCAUCUAAAAUCAUUAAAUAUGGUAUAUUCUGAUCCCUAUAUACAUUUAAGUGUAGCUGAUUCACAUAUUAACUAUGAUCUUCCUAGAAUGCGUGGGAAUGAGACUCCAUCAGAUUGGAAAGAUCGAAUUUGGGGCACAUUAAUGGAAUAUAGAAAAAAUCAUCUUUUAACUGAUUAUAAUAAGAGAUAUCUUAUUGCAAGAAAACAAACAUAUUUAUUAUAUCAGUAUAAGCAUUGGCAUGCAAAUUGUAUUGAAAACGAAUAUUGUGACAUGAGCUUUGAAGACUACAUGAAGCUGAAAAAUAAUCUAGUACCACCUUGCUAUUUCACAAAGAAGGUAAUCCGUCGAUAUGAGAUGUGGCUGGAAAAUGUAUCAAAUAGGAUUCAACGUAUCAGGCAAAAGCAUAAGAUGCAAAUUAUCCAGCGAGCUUAUAGGAAUUAUAAGAAGAGACCUAAAUCUUUGGCAAAACGGAUUUGGGAGGCGGUGAGGAAUGAUGGUACUCCUGAUAAUAAGAAGUAUUUAGGUAUAACUUCUUGCAUUCCUUAUAUUAACUGGGAAUUUGAGAAGAAAAAUCAAUUAUAUGUGAGAUUAGCUAAUGUAACAUAUGAUAUUAUUUUUAAAAUAUUCUACCAGCGAGACUAUAUAAUUAUUAGAGGUUCAGAUUGGACUAACCAAGUUAAAGUGGCUACAGAAUCCUGA